CUGCGCUUGCGUUUUCUGUGUUACCGGAAGAGAUUCUACUGCUCAGACGAGGUCGAAAUGUCGGCUUGCUGCAUGUGAGGAGGACAUUACGGGAACCGGUUUAUAUGCUACAUUAAAAUGUACAAAACGCCAUGUAGCAGACUCACAGGUCUGGUUGGUACCAGUGUGAGUGUGAACCAAAAACUACUAGGUAAAAAUGCCCCUAGGAAUUCCCUAAGUACUCGGAGCUUCAUCCAGUUGUCCAGGAGAGACCCUUCACAAUGGAUCACGUUCCAGCACCUCAACUUCUUGAGGCGCCAGUAUGUGAUGAGGAGUAGCCAUGCCCUCUAUCAGAGAGCUAAACCUAAACAAACAGCCAGCUUGACCCAUCUGGAGGACCAUCAGGAUAACAGCGUGAUCAGAAAGAUCCAGCAAGUCCCGACAAUUGACCCUGGGCCUGUGGUCGCCACCGUGUUGAAACCUACCUCCGGCCAGGCUGUGUCACCGCCACCGGCCACGGUUUUGCCCACGGCGGCUGAGGCCGGGCCUGAAGCGUUGGAGGCGCCCCAUGUGCAGAUGGAGACGGAUGAGGUCAGGGAGGCUCGGCUGGAGAGGCAAUGGAAAGAGCUUAAGGUGGAUCUGGCUGAGCUACCGGACGUUUACGCCAGACUUUCCAAAAUCAAGCUCACAGCAUUGGUUGUGGUGACUGCGGCGGCUGGUUUUGCCAUGGCUCCAGUGCCUUUUGACCCCACCACCUUCUUCCUGGCCUCCCUCGGGACAGGUCUUGCAGCCUGUACAGCCAACUCAAUCAACCAGUACUUUGAGGUGCCGUUUGACUCCAACAUGAACCGCACAAAGAAUCGGCCCCUGGUCAGAGGACAGAUCAGUCCUCUCCAUGCGGUGGGCUUUGCACUAGCCUGUGGGGUCUCUGGCAUCAGCCUGCUGUCCCUGGCUGUGAACCCUCUUACCGGGGCCCUGGGGGCCCUCAACAUCUUCCUGUACACCUGCUGUUACACCCCCCUGAAGAGACUCAGCAUCACCAACACGUGGGUCGGGUCCCUGGUGGGGGCCAUCCCUCCCGUCAUGGGCUGGACGGCUGCUACAGGGGCGUUGGACCCAGGUGCUCUGUUGAUGGGUGGCUUCCUGUACUGUUGGCAGUUCCCCCACUUUAACUCCCUGAGCUGGAACCUGCGUGAAGACUACUCCCGAGGGGGCUACCGCAUGAUGUCCGUCACCCACCCGGCCAUGUGUAAGAGGGUGGCCCUGCGCCACAGUCUGGGCCUGGUCGGGGUCUCUGGCCUGGGCCCUGUGUUGGACGUCACCACCUGGACCUUCCCGCUGGUGUCCCUGCCCAUCAACCUCUACAUCAGUUACCUGGCCUUCCGCUUCUACCAGAAGGGAGAUCGCGCCUCCGCCCGCAAACUCUUCUUCUGCAGUCUCUGGCACCUGCCGAUGUUGCUGCUGCUGGCGCUCACAUGUAAGAAGUCCCGGACCGACCCGGCGGGCGCGGCGAAGACCUUGAGCCUCGCCCCAGCACCUUAGCUAGGAUAGCCACGUUUGGAACUCCGCUGUCACAUCCGACCUUCAAGGCUCAAAACAAACGGUUGCUACUUUCUCCGCCCUCCCCUUGUUUUGAGCACGGGUGUUCCGUAACACUGUCUCCCUCCUCUGCCGUUGAAUCCCGAGAGAGAGCGACCGGCUAGAGACACGCUCCAUCACUGACUGCAUCUCUCCAUGCCCCAAGACAAAGGGGACACGGUUGAAGCAGCAUGACUCCAACGGUUGAUCAAUGAAAACCACAUAUUUUGUAUUCCUGAAAUGACUUCAGCGUAAUUAUUUCAAUGUGUGCGUAUAUUACAUAUUUAUUUGUGUAGGAAAGCUGCCAUGGAGUCCCUGCCAAUGUUGUUCAAGACUUGUUAAUAAGUACAUUUGUAAAUUGGUCCUAGAGUUUUGCAAUUGGGCCGCAGUCUGUAAUCUCAUGUAUUCUAUCAACACUGAUGGAAAGGAAGACAAACUGGUGGCCACUAAUACCACACUGUAAUAUAUAUGACAUACUAACGUAUGUUGAUUUGCGUAAAUAUCUGUUUGUUAAUGACCGAAGUAAUCUGAGGUGUUUAAAUCAAUCAAACCACUGAAUGGGAUAUUCUUUGUGUUGUUACUUGACUUUAGCAAUUUUUGUUACUUGAAGGUGAUGAAACAUUAUAUUCUCAUGUUUCUUUUCAGUUUAGCGAAUAUUUCAGGGGAAAUUGUGUGCUGUAAAUGUACCGCUUUAACUCUGUUAACGGUUUACCAAAACCAAAAAAUCAAAACAACUGUUUACCAUUAAAAUGCUUGAACUGGUUAAAAUUAAACGCCUUGUGAUUUAGCCACUUGGUUUGAUUCACUUGA